AGCCACGGCCUUAACUCAUUCGGCAACGCGCGGAAGUCACCGGCGGGCGUCGCUGUUGCGCUGUCUGCAAAGCUCACAGCACAGGCAGCAGAAGUCAGCUCAGAGCAAAAAAAAAAAAAAAUUCCUGCCACAGCUGACUCGGACGCCAUCUUUGUCGCGAACAUAAACAACAUAGGAGAGUCGCGUUGGCAUCUCGCUGCGCCGCUGCUGCUGCGCGGAACACGACCACAGUUCUUCCCAACGUGGAGUUCAUCCUUUCAGCCGGAUAAUGUUAGCCGCCCUGGGCACCUGACACACCUGACAGAGAUGGAGAUCCUCUGCGGGUUUCCUCACCGGGAGGGAGCGGAGGUGUAGAGGGGGCGGGAAGAGCCAACCCCCCCCCCAACCACCACCCAACCCACAGCACUGAACGGAUGGACCAAGAGUACGAAAGACGGCUGCUGAGGCAGAUCAACCACCAGAACCUGCCCACAGAGCGCCGCAUGACCAAGAGUUUAGGAGCUGCCUGCAGCCCUCUCAGUGUGAAGUCAGGGGAUCGCUUUAUUCCCACUCGCGCUGGAAGUAACUGGAGCAUCAACUUCCACUAUGCCAACGAGAACUGCCGCUCUCCCGCGCAGAACCACAAAGCGAAGGACGCCAGCUCCGACUCCAGCAAAGAUGCCGUGGCCUACGCCGCCCUGCUGAGGAACGAGCUGUUGGGCGCCGGCAUCGAGACGGUGGCGGAGCCUCACGCCGACGACCGGCGGCACGAAGUUCUCGCUUCAGACUCCUGCAGCCUCUUCAGGUACGCUGUCCACACGAAGAGAGUGCCUUGCGAUGGCGGUAAUGAAGUCUCCCCAUUCUCACUUUCUCCGCUCAGCAACAAGAGUCACAAGCUGCUCCGUUCGCCCCGCAAACCGGCGCGAAAGAUCUCCAAGAUCCCGUUCAAAGUCCUGGACGCUCCGGAGCUGCAGGACGACUUCUACCUCAACCUGGUGGACUGGUCGGCGGGAAACCUGCUGAGCGUGGGGCUGGGGGCCUGCGUCUACCUGUGGAGUGCCUGCACUAGCCAGGUGACCAGGUUAUGUGACCUUUCAGUUGACGGGGAUUCUGUCACAUCCGUGUGUUGGAAUGAGCGGGGAAGCCUGGUGGCUGUAGGAACCCACAAGGGUUACGUUCAGAUCUGGGACGCAGCCGGAGGCCGGAAGCUGACGUGUCUGGAGGGCCACUCGGCCCGAGUAGGUGCGCUGGCGUGGAACGGGGAGCAGCUGUCGUCAGGGAGUCGGGACAGGGUGAUCCUGCAGCGGGACGUCCGAACGCCGCCUGCCGCGGAGAGGAGGCUGCAAGGUCACCGGCAAGAGGUGUGCGGCCUCAAGUGGUCUCCGGACCACCAGCACCUUGCUUCUGGAGGCAACGACAACAAACUGCUGGUGUGGAACAGCUCCAGCCUCGUCCCCGUGCAGCAGUACAGCGACCACCUGGCGGCCGUGAAGGCCAUCGCCUGGUCGCCUCACCAGCACGGGCUGCUGGCCUCGGGCGGCGGCACCGCCGACCGCUGCCUGCGCUUCUGGAACACCCUGACGGGUCAGGCGCUGCAGAGCACCGACACUGGCUCCCAGGUCUGCAACCUGGCGUGGUCCAAACACGCCAACGAACUGGUAAGCACUCACGGCUACUCUCAGAACCAGAUACUGGUGUGGAAGUAUCCGUCUCUGACGCAGGUGGCCAAGCUGACCGGACACUCCUACAGAGUCUUAUAUCUGGCCGUGUCCCCGGACGGAGAGGCCAUCGUCACCGGAGCCGGAGACGAGACUCUUCGCUUCUGGAACGUCUUCAGUAAAACACGAUGCACUAAGGAAUCAAAGUCCGUGCUGAACCUUUUCACAAGGAUACGAUAGUGGGCAGCCAUUGGUCAGGGAGGCUGCAGGAGGAUCCUGAGUGGAUGAAAUUCACAGACUCAUAGACCCUCUGCAAUGAGCACCCACCUCCACAGAGACUGUCCUAGUUCAAACAUUUUCCACCCUCCCAUCGACGACUGUCGCCCUCCGGAGCGACGUCGCAGAUUAAAAACAGAAAGUCGCCAUGCGCGCUCUUCUUAAAAAGUCACUCUUGCUCUCCUUACUGUUGUGGAUGUGAUCAAGUUGUUUUCUUAUCUAUUAGCAGAUAUGAGAGUUCUAAGUGUAAUGAUGGAAGCUUUUUUAAAAAAAAAAAAAAAAAAAAAAGAAAAAAAGGCUGUCGGAGUGGAGGACAGAGGGGGGAGGGGCUGGGCUCGGAUGUUUCCAUAACGCAGCAGCAUGCGACAGGAAAGAGGAACCAAUCAGUAAACACUCAUUCACCUGCAACCACAGAUUGGUUUAAUCAGUGUUGGGUUUUUUUUGUUUUUCUUCCAGUAAAUGUACAUUCAUGGCACUGUGACACUUUCUGACAACUAUUUUAUUAAAAACAUGUCCCACAGUGACUUAGA